GUCGCGUUUAGUGCCCCGUACAGUGUUAAUUAUACAGGCAAACGGGUGCAUUUCGUAAACUGAUCAACAAUGACAGGAAAGUUAUCAGAUAAAGACAUGGACCAGCUGGAACAAUGGAUUGGUACAGGUCCUAAAACAUUUACACUGAUCUACGCUAUCACCAGAGAUGGAUGUAAUGCUACCACCUUCCAUCAGAAAUGUGACAAUCAGGGAGCUACCGUUACAGUAUUGUAUAACCAACAAGGGUCGGUGUAUGGAGGAUAUACGAGUGCUACUUGGCAAGGAUCGGGACAAUACUACAAUGAUGCAAAUGCGUUCCUGUACCAGCUGCAUUAUAGUAAAACACCAACACCCACUAAAUUCCCAUACAAUGGAAAUGGAAACGGCAUAUACAAGGUUUCAAAUUACGGUCCCACGUUUGGAGGAGGUCAUGACCUUAAUACAUUCACUGGAACUGUUAACAAUUCUGGAGGUUAUUUUGUUCUGAAUGGCUACAUGGGCAUUGGGAACAGUUACAACGCCCAGGGGAAAAAUACCAACCAGAUUAACAAUGGAAACAUGAACGUAACUGAACUAGAGGUGUACAAAGUUGCAGAUGGUCAAAGAAAAAAGAAAAAAGAAGAACCUUGGCGAAAGACAAAGGGUUGGAACGAAAAGUUUCUGGACGAACUAACUGAAGAUAUUGUGUCAUUCAAACCACUCCCAGAUUUGCAUAUCUCCGAGGCUCGGGUUCUGAUGAUCGGUCCAGUUGGAGCCGGGAAGUCGAGUUUCUACAACACCAUUAACUCUAUAUUCCGGGGUCGGAUCACACAGAGGGCAUGUAGUGGUAGUGCUGAGCAGAGUCUUACAACUGCUUACACCCCAUAUCUUGUGAGAGUUCGAUCCGGAGCUAAUCUUAACUUCAAACUAUGUGACACGCGUGGUUUAGAAGAAGCACAGGGUUUGGAUGUGCUUGAAUGUAACUAUCUUCUGGAAGGAAAUAUACCGGAAUAUUAUCAGUUCAAUCCAGCAUCGCCAAUAUCUGCAGAGACCGACGGCUUUGUAGACAAACCGACACUGGAAGAUAAAGUACACUGUGUGGUAUUUGUAAUGGACUCUACCACGCUGGAAGUUACACCAGCAAAAAUCAUACAGAAAAUAAAAAGUUUUCAAACCCUUAUGAAUCAGAAAGGUAUCCCACAGGCACUUCUUCUUACCAAAGUAGACAAACUCUGUAAAGAUGUAGAGAAAAGUGUAUCUCAAGUUUUUAAAAGCGAAACGGUAGAGGAACAUGUCGAGAAGGCGUCUCAGCUACUUGGUCUACCACGCGGUAAUGUACUUCCGGUGAAGAACUACGAAAAUGAGAUGCAGCUUGAAGAAAAUAUCAGUAUUUUGGCACUACUUUCUCUGAGGCAGAUUUUGUACUUCGCGGAAGAUUACAUGGAGAACAUGAUGGACAAGAGAGCGGCUGCACAACGGAAAACGGAGAAGGUGAAUGUUAAGAAAUAAACAAAACGGACACAAAAAUCAGUUAGGAAGUAUAUAUUUUGAGGAUGAAUACCUAGACGCUUUCUCACGCUUUGUUUUUAUUUGUUUUAAUUAUUCAUGAUUUUUUAAUUCGACAUGACGAAUGCCACAAAAGCUAUUGCUAUACACCAGUCGUCAACAUCGUAUGUACACACGUUUUAACGACGCUCUGCAAGCUUUAUACCUUGAUUGUUACUCAUUGCAACUGAAUAAAUUUUUGAUGAAGCUA